AUGCCACAGAAGCAGGACAAAACAACUCACCUUCUGACGGUUAGCACCUACACCCCAGGGCACGACAUGAGAACGUCCUACCCCGCACCAUACUCAAAGCCCGGCUCCUCACUCACAUCCGCAAUACCCACCAUCGUCAUUCACCCCCCAAGUCCGAGCCAGCAACUGCCACAGCUGCACCCAGGCAUGAACGUGUCGGAGGACGGGUGCGUGACCCGCGGCUACGACAAUUACUCUUACGGGGUUGCGAGUGCCAAAGUCAGCGACCAGAAUGCCGAUCGAGGCCGUCCACGACCAUGGCGCCAGUCGCACGGCAAACUUAACUUGUACUGUCCGCUCGUCGCGGAAAAGCCUGGGUUGGGCGCAGCUUCUUCAAGGGCAUCCUUCGAAGCGAGAGCGUUCGCGCCUAGCGAAUCAGACUGGCGAACGAGAACCAGCGGCGGUAGCUGGCACAGCAGCACCCGAGCCGGGCAGGACGGUCGCUCGGUGGCACCACCAUUGUACUUCAAAGAUGAGCUCCCGCAGCCCAUGCUCACGGCCGUCGGGUCCGCGAUGGAUGAAGAGGAGCGACUAAUUCGACUCUUGGCCGUCAUUCUCAAGGAGAGGUCCCAAAUGUACGUCAUCCUGUGCGAGGAGCUCCGUAAGGCAAGAUUCGAGAGGCUCAGACGAGAAGACCAAGAAGCGAGGUCGCCCCUCGGAAAUCUUGUCCGGGACCUCGAGCUACAAUGA